AUGGCCGGCCUACUUUCCUCAUCCAUGCAGGGAGCUCUCCUGAAGCUGCCUGCAGCAGCUCCCAUCUCCGCUCCCCCAUCUCGCACACUCACCGCCGUAGUCGCUCACACCGGCGCAUUUCCCUCGAGGAGACAGACGGCAUCCAGCAAAAGACCAUUGUCAACGCCGAUGCGCGCGUCGGAGCUGACGGCGAUCGACACGUUUACGGCAGAACUGGACGAGCUGGAGGGAAUGAUUGACGGAGAGUACGAGGAGGUUCCGGUGCACACGGUGACGGUGCACGACCGGGAACGAGGAGUCACGUAUACGGUCGACGUGCCUCAGGAUCAAUACAUUCUUCAAACCGCGGAGGAGGAAGGCAUUAAGCUUCCUUUCGCAUGCCGGCAUGGCUGCUGCACAGCCUGCGCUGUCCGGGUGUAUGAGAAGGCGGAGGGGCGUGACCCCGAGAGGGUGGGGCGCAUGGUGGGAAUUCAGCCCAAUGGGCUGGCCGCGCUGCGAUGCAUCGAUCCCACCAUUGCUGAUGCUUUCCCAUCGCAAGGCGCGCAUGUGCCCAGCCUGUGGCAACUCUCCCCAUCGGGCGAGGUGCUGCUGGAGGCCAUGGCGCCGGCUGACGGCCGCUUCUCCAUCCGCUGGGGGCUCGCUCUCGAAGUGCUGCAGAGCUUCUUGCCUGCCUCGUGUGUGCACCAGGGCUGCGAGUUCACCGGGCACGUGGAGCAGGCCAAUGGGCACGUGACGGCCCACUUCACUCGCCACGAGCAGCCUCUCAGUGCAGAGGCGGACCUCCUGAUGGGCACGGACGGGGUGCGGGCGGCAGUGAGGCAGCAUGUGUUGAAGGAGGCGGAUUUGCUGAUUGGCACGAACGGGGUGCGAUCGGCUGUGAGACAGCAUGUGUUGAGGGAGGGCGAGGAGAGGGAGCGGUGGGGCCCGCCGCAGGAUGACGGCCGCACCAUGUGGCUCGGAGCUGCUCCCCGCGAGACUGAGGUGCGGGGGAAGCUGAGGGCGCUCUUUGACGACUGGCCUGCAUACAAGGAUGUUAUUGAGGUGGGCGGGGGGGAGUUAUCGAGGUGGUUACUGGCACGCCUCAGACGAAACCCUUCCCCAACCCCUCCCUCGCCCUACAACCAGGCUGUCCCCCCUGAUCUGUUUCUGGAGCGCCGGGUGCUGGACGUGCCUCCUCUCUCCUGCCUGCCAGCCUCACACAUCCCAACACCUCCCUCCCCAACCCCUCCCUCCCCCUGCAACCAGGCUGCCCCCCCCGACCUGUAUUUGGAGCGCCGAGUACUGGACGUGCCUCCACUUCCCCGCUGGCGCAACGGCCGUAUCCUCAUCAUCGGAGGUGCUCUCUCUCCCUUGCUGCGCCCCAACCUCGUUCCUGCCUCUUAA